AUGGUUCGACUGACCUUGAGGUUAAUUGCCAAAAACAGCAUUCUUAAACUACGAAAAGAAGAAACCAUUUCACAAUACCUGAAGAAAAUAACUCACAUAAACUUUUCAGACAAAAAUAUAGAUGCUAUUGAAGACAUUUCUCUUUGCAAAAACCUUAGUGUUUUAUAUUUGUAUGAUAACCACAUUAGUGAAAUCACUAACUUGAACUAUGCCUCAAAUCUGACUCAUCUAUACUUACAAAACAAUUGUAUUUCAUGUAUAGAAAACCUCAGGGCAUUAAAGAAACUGGAAAAAUUGUACCUGGGAGGAAAUUACAUUGCUGUCAUAGAAGGUUUAGAAGGACUAGAAAAACUAAGAGAGCUUCAUGUUGAGAGUCAGAGGCUUCCCCUUGGAGAAAAACUUCUGUUUGAUCCAAGAACACUUCAUUCUCUGGCAAAAUCCCUUGCUAUAUUGAAUAUCAGCAAUAAUAAUAUUGAUGACAUAAGAGACUUAGAAACAUUGGAAAAUCUUAACCAGCUCACAGCAGUUGACAACCAACUUCAGCAUGUCAAGGAUUUGGAGUUUUUACUGGAAAAGUUGUUAAAACUGUGGAAAAUGGAUCUCAACGGAAACCCUGUUUGUCUCAAACCAAAAUACAGAGACAGACUUAUAUUGAUGUCCAAAUCACUGGAAUUUCUGGAUGGAAAAGAAAUUAAAUAUCUGGAAAGACAGUUCCUAAUGAAUUGGAAAGCAUCUAGAGAAGCCAAAAAAAUGAACAAGAAAAGAAACAUUAAAAAUGAAGAUGGAAGUAACUCAUACAUAAGAAAUCUCUCUUUGAAGGAAUCUGAAAGCUUGCUGACAAAAAUUAUGUACAUGAACCUUACCUCUCCAAAACCCAAAGGUAGAAGACAGUCUAAAAUAGAGACUCUGUCUUCACCUCCGAAGGCGAAGGGUGCUCCACUGGCAGAAGCCCUGGGGUGUCCCAAGCCCAGAGCCUCUCCCGCGGCUCUGAACGCGCUCUGGGGCGAAGGGCGCUUUCUAAAGAGCCUUAGCCCGGCCCUCGGCCCCUACAAGCACGGAUACAAGCACGGACGAUUCCCUGCCGGCUGGUCCAAUUAA